UAUCGGCACCACGUGUGUCAGCUCUCGGGAUGCCGUCUCGCCGCCCUCUGCGGUACGUUCUGUAAGGAGGAACGGCAACCUGAGUAAGCCAGCCGUCGACUCCAUAUAUACACCGCGUUCAGGCUCAGCGACGCUCCACCACCCACCAGUGCCAACCUACGUACCAUAGUGAUCCCACUAUCACCCCUAUAAAACCAGUUGCUUACUUGAAUCGUGGCAGGAAUGGCACCUCAACAGAAGAGCUCAUUGAACAUCGUCAUGGGUGCCAUGACAUUCGGUGAAGAGGGGAAGGAAGGUGCCAGGCUCCACAACCUCAAGGACGUAGAGGCGAUUCUGGACGUGUUCCAGGCUCAUGGCCACAGCGAGAUCGACACGGCCCGCACCUACACUGGUGGGACGAGCGAGGAAUACCUUGGAAAAAUCGAUUGGCGUGAACGCGGGCUCAAGAUCGAGACAAAGUUGUACCCGAAUGCCUCGAACAAGAGACUCCAGAACCCGAGCCGAGCGAUGAUAUCACACUCUCCGGAGGACUUGCGAAAGCAUCUCGAGACAUCCAUGAAGGCCCUCAACAUUGAUCAGCUGGAAAUGUGGUACCUUCACGGGCCCGACAGGACGACCCCGUACGAGGUAACGCUCAAGGCCGUCAACGACCUCUACAAGGAGGGAAAGUUUCGUCGAUUCGGCAUAAGCAAUUAUAUGGCGUGGGAGGUCGCGGAGAUCGUACAGAUUUGCAGGGCGAAUGGGUAUAUUCAGCCUACUGCAUACCAAGGGAUAUACAACGCUAUCCAUCGGAAAGUCGAACCUGAGCUCUUCCCAUGCCUGAGGAAAUAUGGCAUUAGUUUCUAUGAGUUCAACCCCCUGGGUGGAGGCUUCUUCACAGGAAGGUACAGCUCCUCCGACCAAGAGGUUGAACCCGGCUCCCGGUUUGACCCUACAAAGGGCCAAGGAAGGAACUACCGCGCUCGCUACUGGAACGAGCCGCACUUCAAGGCACUCGCGUAUAUUCAGAAGGUUGCUGAGGAGCACAACCUGACUAUGGCCGAGAUCGCGUUGCGUUGGAUCUCGCACCACAGCUUGAUGAAGCGCGAGCACCGCGACGCGGUCAUCAUCGGUGCCUCCAGCCUGAACCACAUCGAGCAGAAUAUGGUUGACCUGGAGAAGGGGCCGCUCCCCGAAGCUGUCGUGCAGGCACUGGACGAGGCGUGGUUGUCUGUGGCGCCGUACGCGUCGAACUACUUCCACUGAGAGUGGCCAUGUCUGUGUCUCCGAGUAUGGAAUCUGAAGUCUGGUGUCAAUCGUAUUUCUAUAUGAGAAAUGACAUGUAGCGUAUACUGAAGCCGUAUUGUGCGGCGAUGACAUUAUGUAGGUGUGUCGGCUGCUCAUCGUCAACACAACUUCCUUCGCACGACGACAUUCCGAUAAAGGAUUUGUUCAGUCUGAGGGGUCAGACUGUAUGCUGAUGAGUAUUCUAUCCCGACGGUGAUUCAUGCCGUGCUGUGAUCCUACUCCGUUUCGAAUGCGACCAAUUACCCAUUGGACCUCGACA